AUGUGCAAAAACAAAAUGGCAGCGAACGUGUCGGAACCUACACCAUCCCGAACUCCACGAACUCGGCCGAGUCAGUCCCCUCGAGAUUCACGAACUCGGCCGAGUCAGUCCUCAAGUCCUUCCACUUCUAACCCCAGCAGCGCAGCUUACACUUCCACUUCAUCUUACGCGAAAGGGACGUCGUCGGGGACUUCAGUUUCAAGCCGGACUUCACUCUCAAGCCUUCGAGAAUCCCUCUCCGAAAAUCCUCACAUCUACGACAUAAGUGAAAUUCGAGCCGCCACUAACAACUUCUUAGCCAAACGCUACUCCUCCUCUUCCUCCUCCGCCGCGUCCACCGCAGCUUGUUGGCGCUGCAACCUCCGUGGCCGUGACACCGUCGUUUUCCAACGCAAGUUCCGCCGCAAAAUCCAAACUCCUCAACUCAAAGAACGAUUAUCCGUCAUUUGUAGAAGCCAUCACAUGAGUAUAAUCAAACUCCUCGGAGCUUCCAUCUCAGGUGAUCACAUUUACCUCGUUUAUGAGUUCAUCGAAGGAUCGAAUCUUGUUGAUUGCUUGAGAAACCCUAGGAAUCCAAGCUUUACUGUUCUCUCCAUGUGGAUUUCGAGAAUGCAGAUCGCUACUGACCUCGCUCACGGCCUCGAUUAUAUUCACAAUAACACCGGAUUAAAUCUCAGCAUCGUUCAUAAUCAUAUUAAGAGCAGUAGCAUUAUCGUAACGGAGCCUUCUUUUAAUGCAAAUAUUUGCCAUUUUGGAACGGCACAGCUUUGCGGCGAAACGGACGAGAAUGAAAGGCGAGAACUCAAACGCGAAACAGAAAUCGAAGAAGUGCUCGAAGAAGGUGACGCCGCGAGUUUAAGGAAAUUGAAGAGAUCCGACAGUGGAGAGAGGCAGUUCGAAGGAGCUAGAGGCUACAUGUCGCCGGAAUUCAGAUCCAGCGGCGUCGCGACACAGAAAUCCGAUGUAUUCGCCUUAGGAGUGGUGAUUUUGGAGCUGUUGUGCGGGGAGGAGCCGUUAAAAUACAGGUACGACAAAAGGACCGGUGAUUUCGUACGGACGUCGGUGACGGAGACGGCAGCGGCGGCGGUGGAGGCAAGGGAAACGCUGAGGAGGUGGAUGGACAGGAGGUUGAACGAUUCGUUUCCAGUUGAGGUGGCGGACAAGUUGAUUCGUCUAGCGUUGGAUUGCGUACACGUGGAUCCAGAUAAACGGCCGAGCAUGGGACGCGUGGCAGGGAAGAUUUCCAAGCUUUAUCUGGAGUCCAGGAUUUGGUCGGAUACCGUCAAACUUCCGACUGGAAUCUCGGUCUCCUUGGCGCCCAGAUGACUUGGAAACAUUGCGGCUAAUUUAUUUAAUAUUUCUUUACUUUUAUUUUUAUUUUUUAAAAUUUUAUGUCAUUGUUAUUAUUUGAUUUUGUAGGUAGACUCAAAUUGAUCUUGACAGAAGUGGAAAAAUACAAAGAUAUUUCCGUUUUUUUAUUCCAUGAAAAA